UCUCCAGUGCGGAUGGAGCUGUGUACGCCAUGGAAAUUAAUGUGGAGAAAGACACACAAACAGGAGAGACCAAGAUUCUCUCUACAGCCACCAUUGGCCCAGAGGGGGUCCAUCCGAGAGGAGUCAAGGUCUAUGAGGAUGGUACCAAAGUAGUGUAUGAGGUGCGCUCAGCGGGCACCGUGGUAGAGAACGGAGUGCACAGAUUAAGCUCCAAGGAUGUAGAAGAGCUCAUUCAGAAGGCUGGACAGUCAAGCCUCAGAGGCGGGCGUGUGUCAGAGAGGACUGCGGUUGCAGAUGGGAGCCUGGGCCACCCUAAGGAACACGUGCUCUGCAAAGAGGCCAAGUUAGAAAUGGUCCAUAAGUCUAGGAAGGACCGCUCCUCCGGGAACCCAGGGCAGCAGGCCCGAGCCCCCAGCUCUGAAGGGCCCGCAGGCGAACUUGGAUCAGCC